AUGCUUUUUGCAAACGUUUUGCUAUCAGUUUUGGUGACCCUGUUUGCAGCCGUUACAGCCCAUACAAUCCCGGGGCACAGCUCUCUUCAGCUGCAACGUCUCUCCAAGAGAGGAGACCUAGGAGCUGCUGAGCAGAUUUACCAGAAUUUGUCACCAGAGGAAACAGAUUUCAUCAAUGUGCACAUCAAGAACUUGACCGAUGCUACGGGGUACUGGUGCGACAAGUGCGUCAAUAGGUUGAAAUAUGCAAAGUAUUUGGUGGAAACCUACCCAACACAGGAACACUUGGUGACAUUGCUCCUAUACAAGGACUGCGUUCAAGAAAAAAGCGUCUCAAUGUGCCAAUUUGCCGAGUUUUUCAUUUCGACUGACCUGAGCAAUCAUGAAGCGUUUGAUGACAAGUACAAUUCCGGAGUCACGUCCACGUCAGGUGUCAGUUUCUACGACAACGAUUUCCUAAAUGUCAUCAAGAAUUUCAACCUUUCCAGCGAAUUGGAUAUGGAGUAUUAUUGUUUCUAUAGAUAUGGAACUUGCGGUUUACCGCAAACGCCCGAUGUCGAACAACUUUUCAACUUGCUGAGCUGGUGGCCCGCGAAGGACCCCAAAUAUGACAACCCGCCCACGUACAAGAACAACAGUGAACGGUUCAAUGUGGCCCAUAUCUCCGAUUUCCACAUUCAAGAUUACCACGUUGGAGCCGAAUCCAAUUGCACUGAGAGUCCAUGUGGUGAACCUUACUCGUUCAGCAAAGACCUUCCUGGUAGUGACUACAAUUUCACCACAUAUUACAAAAACAUAGACCCAAGCAUUGAUACUUUUAAUUUCUCGUUUUACCCCGAUGCAAGGUACGAAAACUCAACCUACAUCAAAGGGGACUAUUACGAUUUCCCCAGAUAUCGAGGAUACAACUACGUGAAUGCUCCUGCUACGCCAUUUGGUGGCUACCUCAGCGACUCGCCCGAGCUAUUGGUGAACAGCUCCUUGCUCGAGGUUGCCAAGUUGCACGAGCUGAAAAAUUUCGAGCUCCUCUUAUUCACGGGAGACAUGGUCAACCAUGCAGGCUCCCACAUUGGACCCAACACCACCAAGCAGGAAGAAAUUAAAGGUUUCAACUUGAUUAAAAACUAUUUGGGGAACAUCCCCAUCAUGCCAUCUCUAGGCAAUCAUGACGCAUGGCCCUACGCCCAAGUGGCUCCUCUCAAGUAUGACCGCCAAAACGAGUACCAGUACAACAUUGACGAGAUGGUGGAUUUGUGGAUCAACAAUGACUGGUUUGACGAGAAAAACGCCACGGAAUUGAAGCAGCACUACACGGGCUUUUCGUAUGUCACCAAUAGGGGCUUGAAGAUCAUUGCAUUGAACUCAAACACCUACUACGUGGCGAACUUGUGGACUUAUAUCAACCAGUCGACCGAGGGUGACUUGUUUGGCAACUGGAAGUUUCUCAUUGACGAAUUGCUGGAAUCAGAAGCCAAGGGGCAAAGAGUCUGGAUAAUGGCCCAUGUUCCACCGGGUAACGAUGACGUCUUGCCCAUACAAUCGCGAAUCUUUGGCAAGAUCGUCGAGCGGUUCUCGCCGUAUACCAUUGCCAGCUUGUUUUACGGCCACACCCACCGCGACGAGUUUUCCAUCUUGUACUCUAGCAACACCACUGCUGCCGAUGGCGUCGCUUCCGAGGUUGUCAACAUGGCCUGGAUCGCGCAGUCAGUUUCCCCCUUUACCAAUUUCAACCCUUCGUUCAAGUGGUACGAGGUGGAACAUGAGAGCUUCAACAUUAUCAAUGCGUACAACCACUAUACGCAAUUGAAUCUCACUUUCAAUAACGGAGGCGAGGAGGCGCAAUGGCAAAUGGAGUAUAGUGCUCGGGACUUUUACGAUACAAACAAGGACUGGCCCACGGAUGCCCCGUUGAAUGGCACAUUUUGGCAUAAUUUCGUGGCUCAGCGAUUGUGGAACACGAGUGACGUUGCUUUCAGUCAAAAAUACACCGAUAUGAAGUAUAGAUUGAGUCCAUUCACGCCUAAUUGCACGGGGGGAGAUGGCAAAGUGAGCGACCAGUGUUUUAACGACAACAACUGCUUCAUCAAUUUCUACUCCGAUAAUACCAUAAAUUGCAAGAAAUCGUAA